AGGCAACGGGAGCGGCGGAGACAAUGGCCCCAUACACGGCGCGAUUCUCAAUCGCAAAAACCGAGAUCCAUCGGCAACCAGCGGCAACCAGCGGCAAUUCGCGCGGCGCCCCCAAUUGAGCAGCUCAAGCAUGAGGCAGUAUUGCAGGGAGUUCAGGGUGAGCUCGAUGCCUCCGGGGUCGAGCAAGUGCCACCCUCGUCCGCCAUUAAUGUGUUUGUGACGGGGCAGCCCGGGGUGGGCAAGACCUCGCUGGUGCUGAACGCGGUAAAGAAGCUGCCCAAAGAUGCUGUUGCGGGGUUUUAUACUUUAGACGCGCUCAAUCCCAAGUCAGGGGAGAAGAUAGGCCUGGAUGUGGAGACUUUCGCUGGGGAGAGGGCGCCUUUGUCGAGAUUGCGUCGCGGAUGUGGUCCUAAAGUGGGGAAGUACUAUUUUGCAUCGGAGGCAUUCGAGAAAACGGUGUUGCCAUUGCUGACUCCAAGCAAGGCAAUCAAGCUGCAUGUGGUGGAUGAAGUGGGACGCAUGGAGCUGCAGAGCGAUCAGUUUAAGAAAUCCUUAAUGGCGUUGCUGGCUUCUCCCCAGGUGGCCGUGUUUGGCUCCCUCCCUGCCUGUAGGUUUGGCCAUGAUUUGCCCUUUGUUGAAGCGAUUAAGCGGCGCCCAGAUACCGCCAUCCUGACCCUGACGAAAUCCAACCGCGACGCGGCAGCGUUGCAAGUCGAGGAUCUGUUGAAGAACAUCGUCGGGAGUGCCGCCAGUGGAGUUGUAGCGUCGAUUCUGGAUUUUCAGCCUGCAAGUACUGGCUCGUCGGACUCCUUUCGGAACUUUUCCAACCCUAUCCCCUCAGAUAUCUUCUCGUCUCCGGAUAUUCAACGUCACUUAGAUGUAGAGGAACCAGCUGAGAAGAGAAGGAAAAUGAUGCCGGACCAGUCGCUUUUGUGACGGACGGAUCAGUGCCACUUGCCUCAGACGAUGCAACCUAUGUUGCUUCAUUCCGGUUUGAAUAAUCGCUCUGGUGCGAGUGACAAUCUGCUAGUGCUGGUUUCUUUAUGAUUGAUGGAUGAGGCCUGGCAGAUACGAAGAGUGUAUUAGCUACAUAGAUAAACCAUGAGAUGGGGGAUGACAUCCUCCUCUAUCACCGUUUCUUUCGUGCAUACAUCCUUCACUAGUGCACACGUCUUGUGCACCGUGACGGUGAUGAAAUCGAUGGAGCUAAAUUAGGGUUCAGUGAAUGAAUAUGAUAGGGGCAUAUUGGUCAUUCGAAGCUUGCCCUCUUCAUCCUUGAUUGCAGGUUCGCGUCUGCAUCUUGUGAAAAUCAUACUGAUGUGAUUGCAGACCUGCUGUUAGGCAGUCUCUAGUCGGAGAUUUGGUACAGAUUCUCCUCGUGCUGUGUGUCAGCACGCGACAUGCGCCACGAAUUUUCAUGUCCAUUUUGUGAGCUCUCAUGUACACCUAACAGAAGACAGUUGUACACUAUGUCCCGAACAUCUUGCCAAAUGAAUUCCCUUUUGGUGUUGUC